GGGGUCCAAAUCCGGCCAUUCUUUCGCCGCCUGUUAGGUCUCCACUCUCCUCUCCUCUUCUUGAAAUCGAUCGAAAUCAAAAUCGAGAUCAGUCUAUUGGGCGUGAGCAUUAAUCAAUGGUGGCGCCGGCAGUUAGGCUGAGGGGAGCGGCGGCGGUGGAGGCUCGCAAGCGGACCUUCGAGUUCUUCAAGACCGCGUGCCGGGCACUUCCGUCGGUGAUGGAUAUCUACAAUCUCCACGAUGUCGUCACGAUUUCCGAGCUCCGAUCGUCGAUCUCGUCCCAGAUCCGAAAGAACGCCCACGUCACUAACCCUAAGGUUAUUGACAUGCUUCUCUUCAAAGGAAUGGAGGAACUUACUAACAUUGUAGAUCAUGCAAAGCAGAGGCACCACAUCAUAGGUCAAUAUGUCGUUGGACGCGAGGGACUUGUCAAGGACAUGGACAAAAAAGACCAAGGGAGCUCAGAUUUCCUGAAGAAGUUUUAUGAAAGCAACUACUUCUGAUUCAACAUGGAAUAUUUCUUCGGUUUGGCUUGUUGUAGAUCUCUCCUUUCCCUAAUUCUGCAAUUAAAACUGUGACAAUAAGAUGGUUCAUGGUUGUUGAUACUAUGCUUGACCUCAUGUAUCCUUUGUUUUGAGAGAACUGUGUCCUGUUAUUACACUGAUAUAAUUGCUUUCUGUGAAAUUUACAUGGAAAGAAAAAAAUUAGGUAAGGUUGUAUUGAUAUUUGGAGUAAUUGGAGGUUAUGCAGGUUGCAGGGAAUGAAUUUGUAUAAUGCAUUUCACCUGA